AUGGUUGAUAUUCAAUUGAUCGAGCAGUUAUUGUCAGAAUACUGCACAACUAGAAAUUACCGGUAUUCAUACGGUACAGCAGGAUUUCGCGAUGAUGCUUCUAAAUUAGACACGGUGAUGUUCACUACUGGUAUUGUUGCGUGCUUGAGGUCAAUUGCUCUAAAAGGCAAACCAAUCGGAGUUAUGAUAACUGCAUCACACAAUCCUCCAUGCGAUAAUGGUGUCAAGAUUGUUGAGCCAGACGGAUCUAUGCUAAUCCAGGCCUGGGAGGCUACUGCUACUGAUCUGGCCAACUUGGUGUCCAGCGGAAAUCAAAAAGCCAUAUUAGAGAGGUUAAAGGAUUUAGUCCCCGCCGGAAACGCGGAGUACCGGGCAAGAUUGGUCUUGGGUCGCGAUUCCAGAUCAUCAGGCCCCCAUCUUCUGUCAUGUCUCUUGGCGAGUGCCAAAAAUCUGUUCAACGCGGACGUGAAAGACUACGGAUUGUUGAGUACUCCUCAAUUGCAUUUUUUAACGAACGAGCUAUCGAACGACAACGAUCAUUCAGAAAUCUCUGAAUCCAAAUACUUUGACUUUUUCCUGAGCGCAUGGUCUACAAUUAUGGAAUCGCAUGGCGCGGAAACCACUGCCUCAUCUAACUUCGAAUAUCUAACUAUUGAUACUGCCAACGGAAUUGGUGGGCCAAAGAUACAGGAACUAUUGAAAAGAUGGCCUCUUGUUCAGCAAGUCUGUGUGAUCAAUAACGCCUGGGAAAAUCCAGAACUGUUAAACCAUAUGUGUGGUGCAGAUUUUGUAAAGACAAAUCAAUGUUUGCCACAUGGAAUUCGUAAUGAGGAUAAUUCAAACAAGCUAUUUUGUUCAUUUGACGGUGACGCUGAUAGAGUUGUGUUUUAUUACGUCGACGCAACAGGAGUCUUCAAUUUACUCGAUGGGGAUAAAAUCGCAACCUUAUUUGCCAAAUUCAUUUCACAAUUACUGGAUGAGGCUGAUCUCAAGUCAAAAUUAUCAAUGGGUAUAGUUCAAACCGCUUAUGCUAACGGAAGCUCUACCAAUUACUUGAAAGAGAAACUGAAAGUCCCUGUAACUUGUGCAAAGACUGGUGUUAAACACUUACAUCAUGAGGCAAUCACACAUUAUGAUAUAGGAAUCUAUUUCGAAGCUAAUGGUCAUGGCACUAUCAUUUUCUCCAAGAAAUUUUUCGAAGUUAUAUCAAGUAAUGCUGCGAAGUCCGCUGCAACAAACACUCUGAAAGCAUUAUCUCAAUUGAUCAAUCAGACUGUUGGUGAUGCUAUAUCUGAUAUGAUGGGAGUUCUAGCUGUAUUAUCAAUUCUAAAUUGGUCUCCUGCAGACUGGAAUAAAGAGUUUACUGAUCUACCGAACAAGCUAACAAAAGUUAUUGUACCAGAUAGAACAAUCUUUGUUGCAACAGACCAAGAACGCAAAUUGCUAUCACCUAGGGGCCUGCAGGAUAAGAUAGAUGCUGAGGUUGCUCAGUUUGAUAACGGCAGAUCCUUUGUCAGAGCUAGUGGAACUGAAGACGCUGUGAGAGUUUACGCUGAAGCUUCCACUCGUGAAGAUACUGAAAAAUUGUCAAGAGCCGUUAGCAGCUUGGUGUUAGCUUCUGUUAGCAAUUGA